AGAAGAACGAAGCUAGCUCGAGCAGCCUGGAAAAGUUUGUUGUUGUCACGUGACAAGAUACGAAUGUGGUGAUAAAGUUUUCCCCUAGUAUCAAAGCAUCGCGAAUACUUGAUAUCGUUGUAUAUUUAAUCUUCACAAACAAUGCCUCAACCGAAACACAGGAAGAUUGCAGUGAUAGGGUACAGGUCUGUGGGGAAGUCCUCUCUAACUAUACAGUUCGUGGAAGGACAGUUUGUAGAUUCAUAUGACCCUACUAUUGAAAACACUUUUAAUAAAAUGGUAUCUGUGAACGGCCAGGACUUUAAUCUUCAGCUUGUGGACACUGCUGGACAGGAUGAGUAUUCAAUUUUCCCACAGUCUCACUCAAUGGACAUCCAUGGAUAUGUCCUUGUCUACUCUGUCACUUCCAUGAAAAGUUUUGAAGUUGUCCAAGUUCUUCAUGACAAGCUGCUGGAUAUGGUUGGAAAAAUUCAGGUGCCGACUGUUCUUGUUGGGAACAAAAAAGAUCUUCACAUGGAGAGGGUGAUUAAGCCAGAGGAGGGCAAGAAGCUGGCUGAUUCCUGGGGAGCUGCUUUCAUGGAGUCCUCUGCUAAAGAGAACCAGACGGCCGUGGAGGUUUUCAAGAGAAUUAUCCUGGAGAUGGAGAAGGCGGAUGGCAACGCCCCCUCAGAGGAGAAGAAAUGCGUGGUGAUGUAGGCUGAUCCAGUCCAGACGGCUAUACUAAGAAGCUGGUUCAGGAGUAAACCAGAGGGUGCUUUCUAAUAUGUGGACUCCGUCCCCCCUUGCAUGCUUGUGGCUUCGCAAUGACAUCACUGACGACAGAAGUGUAUUUCAACAUCUUGCAAAAGCGCAAUGUCAUUUUCUCAUUUGCAAUCGGUAUAAUGAAUGAAGAAUAGUCCCCCAAAAGCUGUUGUGGCUAGGCUGACAGCGGGGAAACAGAAUUGUUUUCUCAGCAGAGGCGGCGCGUCAGCAAAACGUGAGGCCACAAGCACAGGCCGAGGACGGGAGUCUGCAUAUUUGAAAGCACGCUAGGUGAAGUUAAGAGUUAAAUCAUCUAAUAGUAGAGCCUGGAGUCCUCAUUGUCUUAGAUGAUUUACCUCCUACCUUAAGCUGGUUUACUCCUGAACCAGCUUCUUAGUAUACCCUCUCUGGCCAGACACAAGCAAGUGGGCCCAUUGGCCAUCGCCAGGAGACACAUCACCCCCAGUCAGCCAGUCAUAACCCUCCAAUCCACAGCAUUCUAGUUCUAAGGUCCCCCCUCAACCCAUGGCUUCCUCCCAGCAGCAGACAACUGCUGCGCCCUGCCCCCUCAUCCCCAUAUGACUGUGUACAGUUCAUCCUACAGCUUACAAACAGUGGUUUAAUGCCGACUGAGUGAAACAACAGCACAUUCUGUUCUUUUUUUUCUUGUUUUUUCUUUUGGUGUUAUCAAACAUAUAUUGAUGAAAAGAAUGAGGUAUGGAUAUCAUAAAGUAUGCCCAGUGUGAUUUAAAGGAGAUAUUGUUAAAGCAAUGCAGAGACAAAGGUAUUGCUGUGAAAUGUACUGUAGUCCGUUAAAGUUGCCUGGCCCUCGAGUCAUCAAGCAACACAUGGGGAAAAAAGCAAGUUCAUGACAGCUGCCAAAUAUAGUAUACUGAAUGGCCACAUGCUGCAUUUUUAAUGUUUUCAUCGCUGCGUUUUAUUGUGAGAUUUAUCACAGACACGUGUUCCUUCUUUUCUCAUUUUUCCACAGCCUAUAUAUAUAUUAGACACUAGCUAUCCACCCUUUUAUCUGUCCAGUUAGCCAGAGGGGUAUACUGAGAAACUGGUUCAGGAGUAAACCAGGUUAAGUUAGGAGGUGAAUCAUGUAUUAGAAGGGCCUGGAGUCCUCAUUUUCUUCAGAGGCUCUUCUCAGGCUCUUCUGCUAGAUGAUUUACCUCUUCACUUAACCUGGUUUAUUCCGGAACCAGCUUCCUAGUAUACCCCUCAGGUGUCAAGAGGUGGUUGCUUUGUGGGUGUUUAAACCCCUCGUCGUCAGCCCCCCCACUGUCACCGGCUGCCCUGGUUCUGCCUUAGACACGUCUUCACUUCAGCCAACCCGUCGCUGGUGCCUUAAAGACUAGCACACAGGUCUUGCCCUGAGAUACUCACUCAUUCACUGCAUGGUGCGUGAGUUACGUUGUUCUGUUCCCAGCAUGUGUGGUGAAUGAGCGACCUUAAUCGGGUUCAGCCCUAGCACUCUCUCAGUCUACUCACUCAGGUCGUUUAUAGAUUCCAGCCAAUCCUGUGGGACUUUCUUUCUCAGUCAGACGAUCUCUCUUCCAAUCCCUCAGCAGCUUCUAAGCAUCUCUGUUCUGUAUUGGGGCGAGGUAGAGGUGGAUUUUUGGAGAAAGAAGAAUGCAACCAAAGAAUUGUCUAUUAGAGUAAGAUACAUCAAGCCCGUAAGUUUCCUGGAUCCAGGUCAACACCCCUUUAGGAGACCUUCGGUUAGGAGACCUUUGGAGACUUAAGGUUGAGAAUAAAUGGAGUUCCUUUGGUGCUGUAGAUGGUAGCACCCAUAUGAAAGCAGUCACCAAACGCCACAGAAAGAGAAGAAGAAGAAGAAUGGGAAAACGUCCCCCUAAGAGACUGAACUUGAGCACACUCCUUUGCAUUGAGUGGGCAGAGUUUGAUUUAUCUUACUGUAGUAGACGAUCAUUGGUGCAACGUUUGAAAAGCUCUCUACCUCCCCCCCCACAACACCCAGUCCUAUAAUGUCAGUGCUAGUGCAAGACUUCGAUGCAUGGAGAAGCAAAGAUGUUGGAUUGAAGAUGGGUCGUUUCGCCUUUUGACAGGAGUCUCUCUUCUCUACUGCUGUAACUUUGUUUCAUUAGCUGUUAAAUAUUUCUGGGUUUGUGUGUGGGGUUUGAAUUUGCUUUUGAAAAAAAUCAUUUACUUUAUUUUUUCCAGACUACCUGCAGGUAAUCAACUGUCAACUGCGUGUGGUGAGAAUAUUGCCGCAGUAGCAGCAUUUUUCCUCGUAUGGGUACAGAUCAUGUUUUUCUUUUUAAUGUUAUCUUUUCAAAUUUUGAUUUGAAGCAGUUCAAUCGUUGCUUCCUGUGUUUGAAGCCUUGUUGGUGAGGGGUUUCAAAUAUCGACUUGAUGUUGAACUGAAGGACCCAUAAACCCCCUUUGCCCAAAUUCUGCUGUGUUUAUUCUACACAGCAUUGUUUCUUCUACAUUUUUUUCUGUUCAUAGUAUUGUUUGAAAGCAUCACCCGGGAUAAUUGAAAAAUCUUGAUUGAUGAAUUGAUUUGGUUGGUUGGUUAAUUUUGUAAUUGAGUGGUAGUGUAGAUAGACGAGACUGGUGUUGCUGGCGCUGGUUAUGCUGUGGCAGGUGCCUUACCUCCCCCCCAUUAUGACUUCCCUCGCCCCCCACAAAAAAUGCAUCCAUCUACAGAAAUACACCAACCAUUGUCCUCUGCCUCUUACCUGAUGUAAAGGUAAUUUCUCCGCUCUGUCUUGACUUGACUUCCACAUUGCUUUUGAGGAAAUCGAAUGGUGUUGUUGCACCUCAACACUCAACACCCCCAUGUGGGGGGAAUACAGAAAAUUUUGCUGUAAACAGUUUUGUAUAUAAAAUAAAAAAUAAAUCCUUUACUCUUGAA